CUGCUAUACUGCUAUUCACAACUCCCCUGAGAACCUCGCAGUUGCACCGUCAUGCUAGUCCAUGGGCAUCCCGCAUGUCCCCAACCCGGGUUCCAACCCAUCGCUCGAUACACCCAUACCUGCGCCCAAUCCCUCACCUUCCGGCUCGAUCUCUUCUAUGGGCAAGCUCAAUUCAGCAUCGGUGCCUUGCAAAAUGUAUGAACCCCCCUGGGUUUUGGCUCAAUAUCAUCAAGCAUACGUCACAGGUGGGCGAGAGCUUCCGAGUGGCUAGCUAAGGCUGGUUGAUCGGAUGGGUGACAGUCUGGGUGACAGGACGCAGGGCAGAACGUGGGAUACUUUAGGGC